UCAUCCCCCACAAUGACAUCAAUCUGCAUGAUCACCGUCUUCUCCGUCCAUCAUCCCCUCUAAUUAGUGGAAGAUGGGCGAAUUUCCGCGCCCGGGAGAAUUCUCCCGUUGGUGGAAUCCUCACAUCUACGGAGUAUCGCGAGAUGUGAUCGCUAACCGCUGAGAAUCACCACGCAGUAGUACAUCAUGUAUAUAUAUCACAGCGUCGCGAAGCUACAUCCCAGUCCAAUGCCCAGUCCACCCGUCAAAUCCACUAAAUAACCGCCCGAGCCCACAGCCAAGUACUGUACAUCAUGCAUCUCGGCUCCCUCAUCACGUUCUCCUCCCUCGUCCUCCCCUCUUUCUCCUCUCCCCUCCCUGCACCGGCAUCUCCCCUGUCCAAACCCCCCUUCUUCCUCCUCGCAGGGGACAGCACCACCGCGACCCAAGCAACCAAUGGCGGCGGCUGGGGCGACGGCUUUCUGAACACGACGCUCCACCGCGGCGCCAACGGCCGGAACUACGGCCACAACGGCGCCACGACCGUGAGUUUCCGCGCCGGCGGAGACUGGGACGCCGUGCUGCAGGAGGUCCGCGAGAGGCGGGUCACUUACGCGCCCUACGUGACGAUCCAGUUCGGGCAUAAUGACCAGAAACCGGCCAAGAAUAUCUCGAUUGCGGAGUAUACGGCGAAUUUGGAGGGGUUUGUCGAGGAGGUGAGAGGGGUAGGGGGCGUUCCGAUUCUGGUGACGCCGUUGUCGAGGAGGAGUUUUAAUGAGACGACGGGGGAGGUGGUGAGGAAUUUGGAGAAUGAGAGGAAGGCGACGAUCCAGGCGGCGAGGAGGUCCAGGGCGAGUGUGGUGGAUUUGAAUCUGAGGAGUACGGAGUAUCUGGAUGCGAUUGGCGAGGAGAAGGCCCAUUCGUAUAACCUCAGUCCGGACGAUAAUACCCAUCUGAAUGUCCCUGGCAGUCAGGUGUUUGGCGGCCUCGUGGCGUCGCUGAUCGACGGCGUCCGGCCGGAGUUGAAGGGCUUUGUGGCGGUGGAUGGCGCGUUGGAGACGGCGUUGGAUGAGGGCGAGUAUUACUGGCCUGAUGUUAAUUAACUUAUGGAUCUGAAGGAUAUUUAUUUGGACACUAAAUCCUCGCGGCCCGUCGAUCCGCUGCCGAUCUGAGGUAACUUUCUAUAAGUAUAUAGACCUGUGUCAUUAGCUUCAGCUUCAGCACAUCAUGGAGCUCUUGCAGGUUCAAGACGAGCCCGUGCCCUGACUGCUCCUGAAGCUGAUCGGCAGUCUGGGCUCUGAUCCCGUAUUUUGAGAAUCCUACCAUAUCAACAUCGACCUCGUCUUAGUCCUGUAGUCAACCUCCCUGACUCUAUACUCUAUCAUAUCCUAACAUCAACUGCCAUUUAGAUACGGACCACCUUCACCGGCGGCUCCUCACCAACGGCCUCCUAUCCCACCAGCUGCAUCUAUGAACCUUCCUCGCCAUCGG